AUGUGUAAUAUAGACAUCCUUGAAAAAACAGUCCCAAACAAAAGUGACUCUGUGCAUAACGUUGCACAGAAAGACAAUGGAGAAAUUACCUGUGGAGAAUUAUCUCCCAACUUGGAAUUGGCCUCUGCCACAAACAUACUCCGCCAGAUCAUUAGUCAGGUCAAGAAGCAUCCAAGCUUGAUGCCCCUAUUUGUAUUUAUUGGAGUUGGAGGUACUGGAGCAGCACUGUAUCUCUUGUUUCUGGCAUUGUUCAAUCCAGAUGUUAGUUGGGACAGAAAGAAUAACUCACAGUCCUGGAACAAACUGGAUCCCAAUGAUCAGUACAAGUUCUACUCAGUGAAUGUGGAUUACAGCAAACUAAAGAAAGAAGGUCCAGAUUUCUAA